AUGACGAAGGAGGACAAGGCAAAGUCGCCCAAGAGGCAAAAGACAUCGAAGGAUAUCAAAAUCAAGGAGGGGGAGACCGACGCGGUGCCGUACGCGGUCCGGAUGAAGGCCGUCACAGUUAUCUCCAAGCCCAUGGCAGACGAGAAGAAGACGAAGAAGUUCUACAAACUAAUCAAGAAGGCUGCCAAGGAGAAGAUCUGCCGGAGAGGGGUGAAGGAGGUGUGCAAGGGGAUGCGGCAAGGGAGGAAAGGCAUCUGCGUCAUCGCGGGAGACAUCUCCCCGAUCGACGUGAUUUCGCACAUGGCGUACUACUGCGAAGAGCAGGGGGUGAACUACAUUUACGUACCGUCCAAGGUGGACCUCGGCGCGGCAGCGAAGACGAAGCGCCCGACGUCGUGCGUGCUCAUCACGCCGCCUAGGGAGACGAAGGACAGUGUGUGGGACCCCGUUACGAAGGAGCUAUUCGCGGACCUGAAGGAAGUAUGUAUACAGGAGAUGGUACAAGUCCCCACGUGA